AUGGAGGCGACCGGUGGAACUGAGGAGUUGGUUUCCGGGGAACUGGUGUCAGUGGCACAUGCUCUUUCUCUCCCAGCCGAGUCUUAUGGCAACGAUCCUGAUAUCGAGAUGGCUUGGGCCAUGAGAGCAAUGCAGCAUGCUGAAAUCUACUACAAACUGAUUUCAUCAGUUGACCCACAGUUCCUGAAACUCACCAAAGUGGAUGACCAAAUCUAUUCUGAGUUUCGGGAAAAUUUUAAGAAUCUCAGGAUAGAUAUACUGGAUCCAGAAGAACUCAAAUCAGAAACAGCUAAAGAGAAGUGGAGGCCAUUCUGCUUGAAGUUCGAUGGGAUUGUGGAAGACUUCAACUAUGGUACUUUGCUGCGACUGAACUGUUCACAGGGCUACACUGAAGAAAACACCAUCUUUGCACCCAGGAUACAAUUUUUUGCCAUUGAAAUUGCUCGGAAUCGAGAAGGUUAUAACAAAGCAGUUUAUACUGGUAUUAAGGACAAAGAAGAGAAAGAAGCCAGCAAUGGAGGAGACAAAGGAGCCAACAGCAGAGAAGAAGAAAAAGGAGCCAACAGAGAAGGAGAAAAAGAGAAAGAAGCCUACAAAGAAAUCAACAAAAGUAGUGAAACAACUAUGUGA